UGAAAUGCUCACAGUUAAAUUUGCAUUGUAACAUAUACUGUCAUGGUUUAUAUGACUGACAGCCAAAAAUGCUCAAAGGGACAGUGGUUCAAAUAUGCCUUAAACAGGAUAAGAAAUUCAGGAUUUAUAAACCAUAUCAAAUACCAACACUGCAAGACAUUGGACAUAACUGUGUUUUAUUUCUCAUGGUCAUUGAAUGUAGGAUUAGAUUAUUUAAGAGUUCUGUUCACUUUGAGUGUGUUAGAGAUUAUUGUGUAGCUUCUUUUGUAUUCAAAGACUUGAAUUGCAUACUUUUGUGUGACUUUAAAUUACAGACUCUUCUCUUAAAGAGUUAAGACAUGCAAAGAUUAGCUUCAACACAUUAACAAAAAACAAAACAAAACAAAAAAAUAACUGCAUGAAACACCAUGCGCUAGUUGUUGUUGUAGAGCUUAUUGUUGCUAAACUAUGACUUAUUUCACAUGCAGCUGGGUUUGAUGAUUUGCAGUUGUGCUGUGUGGGUCAAUUUAAGUCAAUUUAACCAGAGGGGAAAUAUCUUCAUUUACUUAUGUUUGCAUGCCAAAACAAACUAAGUGUACAAACUGUCCCUGUUUCAUGACUGAACAAACAAACCGACUGAAAAGGACAACACAGUUUACGUGUGGCGGACCCUGCCACCUCUCUAGCUUCAAGCACUGUUCUGGUGACCUUAUUCAGUUAUGGAAAACAAAUAAAAAUUUCUGCAACUGUCCUGUUACCUUAUCAGUGAUGUAAAUAUUAAAACAGUGCCCCUUUAAAGUAAAACAAGAACUUUUUCACCACCUCAAAAGCAGUUGCCUGCAAAUACCUAGUAUUUCAGUGCAGUACAUAAUAUUCAAAUACAUUAUGAUGCAUUAAUUUCAACCGUGUUAUUGCAUCAGUGCAGAGGAAUUUACUGUAUCUGGCACUUCAGGCCGCGCCCACACCAGUGACGUCAGAUAGGAUACUGUCCACCCGCGUUUGAAGGACAACGCUGUCAAGAGGGUUCUUCCUCCUACACGAGGAAGAGUCAUGCAGGCUGAAUUAAAAACAUAGUUGACUGAAAAGAUUUUCUUUUCUCCUUCACAUGGCUGGGAAUGGAAGCAGCCUUUCUGAAUUUAACACGUACGUCAGGGCGCUCAAAGACCACCGUGGUUUGAACACUUAGAGGAGAAGAGAGAGACAGAAGAAGAAGAAGAAGAAGAAAAGGAGGAAGGACGAGAAGAAGAAGACGAAGAAGAAGAGGCGCUCUUUAACGUGGCAGCAGCGGCUCCCAUCAUCACCAUCUCCUCUGAAGUCAUCAUGGCGGACUAUAACCUCACGCCGCUCGCUCGCGCUUUGUCACAGCCACAGUUGGACCUGCCAGAGGGGAAUGAUGUCGGUCCUCCGCGAGGCAUUCAGCUUCACCCGACCCGCAUGAGAAAGUUGUCGAGCUGCAACUCGCUGGACCUCAUCGAGCCGCUGGUCUCCCCCGCGGCCGCGGAGGCGCGAGUCCUCGUCAUCAACACCGGAGGGACCAUCGGGAUGACGCUUCACGACAACGUGCUCGCCCCAAAAGCCAAUGCGUUUGUGCAGAGCCUGCGUAAGUUGCCCAUCAUCCACGAUGAGCUGUACGCCCAGCAGACCUGCCUGUAUGACUACUACGGGUCUGAGAACACCCUGGUCCUGCCGAAAAUAACACAUCAUUCUGAGAAUCUACAUCAUGGGCUAAGCAAAGACAAUAAAAGGAUAAUAUACACGGUAAUAGAGUACAACCCGUUGCUGGACUCCUCCAAUAUGACUACAGAUGACUGGGGUAGAAUUGGAAAGGACAUUGAGAAAAACUAUGAAAACUUUGAUGGUUUUGUGAUCCUGCACGGCACAGACACUAUGGCUUACACGGCCUCGGCCCUGUCCUUCAUGUGUGAACAUUUGGGCAAACCCAUCAUUCUCACCGGCUCACAGGUGCCCAUCUAUGAGAUGAGAAAUGAUGGCAGAGACAACUUGCUGGGGGCGCUGCUGAUUGCCGGCCAGUUUGUUAUUCCUGAGGUGUGCCUGUAUUUCUAUAACAAACUCUACAGAGGGAAUCGUGUGACCAAGGUGGAUACGGGGAGCUUCAAUGCCUUCAACUCUCCUAACUUGGCUCCUUUGGCCAUCGCUGAAGUGGAUAUUACAAUCAACUGGGAUACAGUGUGGAGGGCCAACACCACAGCAAAGUUUCAAGUCAGCACCGAGCUGAACAGGAAUGUGGGCCUGCUUCGGCUUUUCCCAGGAAUCACUGCUGCUACUGUGAGGGCUUUCCUGCAGCCACCCAUGGAAGGUGUGGUCCUGGAGACCUAUGGCAGUGGCAAUGCCCCUGAUAACCGCCCUGACCUGCUGGAAGAGCUGAAGAAGGCCACUGACUCUGGUGUCAUCAUCAUAAACUGCACCCAGUGUCUGAGGGGGACCGUGUCAGCGUCUUACAACACUGGCAAGGUGUUGAUGGAUGCUGGGCUGAUAGCAGGUGGAGACAUGACGCCAGAGGCGGCUCUGUCAAAGCUGUCCUACGUACUGGCCAAGAAAGACCUUGAUCUAGCUGCCAAGAAAAAGAUGAUGAGUCAGAACCUCCGAGGUGAGAUGAGCGCCGACUUAGCAGGAGCCAAGCUGAAUCUGAGCGACAGCCGUUUCAUCCAGGUCAUCGCCAAGUCUCUGAGCAUCAGCUGCAAGGAGGAGCUCGAAGCCAUCCGUGAUGCCCUGACUCCCCCACUGGCAUGUGCUGCUGCCAAGAUCGGAGACGUGGAGGCCUUAGAAGCCCUAAAGGAAAUGGGGAGUAAUUUGUGUCUGGGCGACUACGACGGACGGACACCCCUGCAUAUCGCCGCAUGUGAGGGCCACUUGAAUAUGGUGCAGUACUUAUUGAUUAACGGAGCGUCAGUCUAUGCUAAAGAUCGUUAUGGGGACACACCCCUGUGCAACGCUGUACGCUUCAGGCACAAGGAUGUUGUGCAGCUGCUGAGAAAGACUGGGGCCCACUUCUCCAGAAACAAGCUGGAGGAAGCAGGAACAGAGCUGUGCAGCCUGGCAGCCAGCGGUGACCUGGAGGGCCUGGAAAUCUGGAACUUCGCCGGAGCAGAUCUGAGUAAACCAGGCUAUGAUGGACAGACGGCCAUUCAAGUGGCCAAGGCUGUUGGCAAAAAAGAUGUGGUAGCCUUUUUAGUCCAUCUCAUGAGCACUAAAUCCAAGACAGUAUUUGGUGACUUUAAUGAGUAUGAUGAAUAUGAUGAUGAUGAUGAUGAGAGCGGAGUGAUCGAGUUCACCGCCCGUCCAGAAGCAAUGUGAGCCGACAAACAGGAACCGUCCUCAGUUUGCGUCCACUUCACCCUUAAAUCGUCCUUCACCCGGCGUCCACCGUCCUGCUGAAUCUCACAGUCACUCUCGCUUUGAGCAUGUAUAUCUGUGUGACGUUUAAAGCCACCGCGGCCUACAGUCUUUCCCUCCAACCCCACUGAAAGCACAACAUUGUGUAGCCACUGAUUUGAAUGCGCAGUGCUUAAAAAAAGCACUAUGUGUACGUAUAUUUUUAAUUGUUGCACAGCAGUACAUGUAUGAGGAAACAUUAUCAUCCUGAAUAUUUGAAUCAAGUGCUUUUAUCACUAAGUAUGUAGAACAUACAUGUGGAAUCAGGGAAUUCAGGCUGAACCUGAGCUGUUUUUAACAUGAAGAAUGCUGAAACCUUUAACGGUGAAUGUGGUUGUGGUUAAAUCUUUAUUUUAUAAUUCACCAAAAGAGUUAAAGAACUCUGACUACUGCUGUGACAUUACUUUAUGAAGUACUGUUGUCUCUUGCUAAAGCAAUAUAUCAGUGAUAUCUGGAACAACAGGGUGAGCUCUAUUUUUAUGCUUAUUUUUACAACCAGAGUCUGCAAACUUAUCAAAUCAUGCAUCCUGUCGAACUGUAGCACUAGUCCACGUAUGCCUCUGCCCCUGAAGUGGAGGUUUCUCAUUUCCGUCUGCUUAAACAGGUGCAACAAAAACCUGCAGUCACCCUUCAGACUCAUCCAGCCUGUUCCACUCGCUGAUCGUCGAGCUGGAAGAGUCACUCAUCUCCCCCUUUUCAAAUGGAAACGGAGAUGAAGCUGCAGUUUCUGCCGUACCCUCGGCAAAACAAAUGACCAUUGUGUGCACGUGGUGUUAAACGUUGUUCGAUAUGAUUCACUUUUUAAAAUAAACAGGUCACUUUUGUAUACUUUAACGUUAUCUAUGUUGGAAUCUUCUGUGAUGACACGUGACUUUAAAGUGCAAACAACUUUGAGACGACUUCAAAUGUGUGGUCCUGUUUGUGUUAAUGUCUGUACUGUCUUUGUUGUAUUCAAAAAAAUGUAAAGGGUGUGUGUGUGUGUGUGUGUGUGUGCAUGUGUGUAUGUGUGUGAUGGGUCCUUCUCAAGCAACAGAAAUAAAUCUUUUGUUUCGACA